AUGUCCAAUUAUUGGUUCCAAAUUGGUCAUGCAUACACUAUAAUACCCAAUUAAUGACCAUUAUAGACUUUGACUUCGUCAUGUUAGUAGCCAUGGUAUGACACCAACGAACGUAUGUGACAAUUAAUGACCUUAUAGAUUAUUAACAUGUAUUAACAAGCAAUAUGCAUUUCAAUAAUCAAGGUUAAUGUUGUGGUUUAUAAAAUGAUAUUCUCCAUGAAAAACAUAAUUACAAAAUAUUGUUUCCUAACUAGCUAUACAACAAUGAAAUGUGCAGUUGACGACUAAUCUCCAAGCAUUAUCAAAAAACUCAAGCCGUAUAGUCUCAUUAGCUUAAUUAAGUUUAGCUAGAUCCAUGAUCAUAUGUGAUGAUUUUUAAAGGCUCUCAAUAGAAUGAAGGGAAGAGGUCAACUUUAGUUAAUCCGAUUCAUAUCAUUUGCCUAACCAAUCCAUUAUUUAUCACAUAUCAUACUACAGAUAGUUAUUGCUCUUUUAUUCAAUUGUAAACGCCAAUUGAAACUUAAAUGCCUUCACUCAUAAUGGGUGUAGAUAAUGAUGCCACUUAUGAUAUUGUUCCUUCGACUCAUCUCUUUCAUAAACUUCGUCUUUAACCAUAAUAUUAUCAUUUUAUUAUUAAGAAGAGGAUGCUUGGCUUGAGAGGGCACAUAAUGGUCUAUACUUUUAAGAAGAGGAUCAUUUCAUCUUCAACUUUCAGAUAUAUUUACCAAACGAAUGGGAAAAGCUUAGUCGUCUCUCUCUCUCUAUCUCUCUCUCUCUCUCUCUCUCCCUCCCUCCCUCCCUCCUCCCUCCCCAAUCAAGAAGUCUUUCCUCCACCACCAUGGAAUCUACAGAAAAAUCGACAUCCUCUUUGUACACUGAGCUUCCUGCUACCUCUUUCGGAGCACUCCAGUCGCUACCGCCUUGCCGGAAUAUUCCUUGCUUGGCGGUGGCGCCGUCGCCGGGCAAUCCAAGGCAAAUCCAGAUCAAUGUGCUCCAUCCUGGUCACCGACAGAGCUGACGAAGCAGCGGAGUGGGCACGGUUGCUUCUCCUCGAUCUGCCAGCAGAGUGCUCCCGCGAGUUCUUCAGCUUCCUCUGCAGUGCCGACGAUCCCUUCGUCAGCGAGAGAAUCUAUCAACUGGGCAAGCGUUGACCAAGGAGAUGAGCUGGGUGUCAGAGCUUUGCGCCGUUCCCCAGUUGGUCCGAGGACCUCCGAUCCUGCGAGGAAGAAGAUGAUGACCUCUCUCCCUCCUCCUCCCAUCUCGUUUCCUUCCUCAGCGAUCUUUUUGUUUCGUUUUCUUGGAACCGCGGCCUUCAGAUUCCAUAG